CAUUACAGAGAAUAAACAAAUUAAUAAACAAAGAACAAAACUGAGGAAAGGGCAAAAAAUCAGCCGCCGGAAGCAUGCGUCGCCACCAGCAUAGGAGGCGAAACUUCUCGCCAGUUUCGAAUUCCGAUUCAGAUUCCGAUCCGGAUUUCGGAGAAGGCGAGGAAGAGGAAGAAGAUGAUGCGGAGGAAGGAUCCGCCUCGGGGCGCCGCCGCCGCCGGGGGAUGAAGAUGAAGUGCCUCUCGUGCAAGGAGGACUACGACGGCGAUCGUGACGCCGGCACGUGCCGCGAGUGCUACGAGGAGGCCGGCGAGACAGAGGAGGAACUAAAGCGUGAGAUCGAAGACCUAAAGUCCAAGGUCAACUUCCUCCGGCUGCUGUCCGUCGGCCCCGGGCCCGUCGGCCCCAAUUCGAUCAUCCGGCCGAACACGCCUUGUUUCUCUGACGUCGUUCUGGUGGCAUCCGGGUCGCCGAACUCAUCCGAUUCGCAGUGCAGUUCGCCUUCAAUUAGGGCUCAUCGUGCUGUAUUGUCAAGCAGGUCCCCUGUUUUCAAGGCCAUGCUCGAGAAUGAAAUGGAAGAAAGCCUAAGCGGAACAAUCAAGAUUAGCGAUGUGUCUUACGAUGCCCUCCGUGCAUUUGUCAACUAUCUGUACACUGCCGAAGCUUGUCUGGAUGAGCAAAUGGCUUGUGACCUCUUGGUGUUGGCUGAAAAAUACCAGGUGAAGCAUCUCAAGACGUAUUGUGGAAAAUUUCUCAUAUCCAGGCUGAACUGGGAGAACUCCCUCCCAUAUUACGCUUUUGCCCACCAGCACGGAGCAAAGGACUUACAAGAGGCGGCCUUGUCUUUGAUUAUGGACAAUAUGAAUAAGCUGAGCAAGCAAGAGGAGUAUGUGGAGCUUGUGGAGAAGGAUCCACGUGUCGUGGUGGAGAUUUACGAGGCUUACCUGUCAAGGCAGGUGAAUACGGCUGCAGGUAAAGAACCGGGCCAGAAAAAGUAGGGUGGCUGUAUUUUUCAGAAGGUUGGAUUUUCUAGGAAGGCAUUGUUUGGAAAGUCGGUUAUCUGGAUCUUGUUUAAGAUUAUCGACUGUGUAGACGUUUUUGGGAUUGCGCUUUAUUUGGAGCAAAUUAUGUGAUACAUUUGGCUGUGUUUAAAUCAUCCUUUGGUGUUUCUUUCAAAAUUUGGCUACCAAUUAUUUAUUCUUCACUUCAGGGGCUGAUUAUGAAAAUGCACUCUGGAAGUUUGGUCCUAGUUUAUAUGAGAUAACCCAUCUGUCUUUUGAAUUUACGAAUAUCUUGCCUGACAUUUGUUUAUGUUUCGUAAAUUGCACUCUCUAGCUAGAGAUGUCUAAUAGCGAC